UUUAUCCAUCGUUUUACCUCGGAUAUACCGCUGAUUCGUUUUCUAUAUGGAGGAUACUGAAUGGAAUGAUUUUUUACGUGCUUAUGGUAUUCUUCCUCCUAAAGUACAGGAAAAAGAACCUAUAGAUUUACCAAAUGAAAUACAUAAACCUCAUAUAGAUCAAUCAAAAUCCUCUGAUGACUCUGAAUUAGAUGAUUUAGAUGAUCCCGUAAUAAAGCAAUAUAGUGAACGGCGUCUACGAGAAUUACAGGCCUAUGCUGCUGCUGCUAAGUACGGUGAAAUACGUAUGAUUGAAUAUAAGGAGUGGAUUACUGAGGUUACCGAAGCAAGUUAUUAUACAAGCGUUUUAGUUUUUUUAUAUAAAGAUACGAUUAUAGCAAGUCAACGGUUAGGAGAAAAAUUGAAGGAGAUAGCAAUGAAAUAUUUAUACAUAAAAAUAGUAAAAAUAGAGGGAAAUAAAACGAUUGAAGGAUAUCCGGAUAAAAAUUUACCGACAUUACUUGUUUAUAAGUCAGGGAAUGUAAUAGGACAAAAGAUAAUAAAAAUAGAGAAUAUUAAAGAGGUGGAAAAAUGGUUGAUAGAAUUAAAUGUAUUAAAUAAUGAGGAAAUUGAAGAAUAGAAAUAAAUAGUAUAUAAAGAUGAAAAAGGGAAAGGAUUUAUUUUAU